GUACAUAAGUUUUAGAGGGACAAAUUAAAGUAGCCAUCACUACAAACUUUAGUACGUACUCCACCACUGCUACGGCGCAAGGAGUAAUUCAGCAGUUGGUACCAGGCUCAGUUUGCCGCUCAUUUGAAAACUUUGACGUGAGAUACAAGUUCUGUGUGUAAACACAGGUUUAAACUAGCAUCCAAACGAUUUUCCCGGGAGAAAAAACAACUUGGCACGAGCGAGAAUUACGGGGGAGACUUGCUUAAUAAAAAAGGCAAAGGAAGGGUAGGGGUAGCGUCAGCUAGCUCAGCAGUAGCAAAUGAUUUGGUGAGGACGAACCAUCCGUAAGGUGACCCGUCCCUUUUCCCUCACCUUCUCCUCCGCGUCUUCCUUCCUCUCAGCCUAUAGAUCUCCUCUCUCUCCAAGAACUCGCUCAGCGCAAGCGCACGGCCGGAACCCAGCCCAAGCACCUAGCCAGCGCCGCGCCGCGCCAAGAGCCACCUCGUCCCCCGGCUAGAGCGGCAAUGUCUUCCAACGGCAAGCCCAAUCCGCAGCCCCCUGCCGCCGCGGCCGCGGCCACCAACGGCGCGGGCGCGGGCGGCCCGCCCAAGAUGUACCAGCGCCCCAUCUACCGCCCGCAGGCGCCCGCCAAGGGCCGCCGCGGGGGGCGCUCCUCGUGCCGCUUCAGCUGCUGCUGCUGCUUCUUCUGGGCCGUGCUCGUCGUGCUCCUCCUGGCCCUCGUCGCCGCCGUCGCCGGCGGCGCCUUCUACCUCCUCUACCGCCCCCACCGCCCGGCCUUCACCCUCUCCGUGGCGCGCGUCAACAAGCUCAGCCUCUCCAGCUCCGCCACGGCGCCCGCGCUCACCGACUCCAUCGACUUCACGCUCACCGCCAAGAACCCCAACAAGAAGCUCGUCUACCUGUACGACGACUUCACCGUCACCGCCGCCACGGCCGCCAACGCCGUGCCGCUCGGGGAGGCGACCGUGCCGGGGUUCCUGCACGAGGCCAGCAACAUCACCGUCAUCAAGGCCACCGUCUCCGCGGCCGCGCUCGGGGUCGACCCCACCGCCGCCAGCUCCGACAUCAAGAAGUCGGGCACCUUCUCCAUCACCCUCGACCUGGAGACCAAGGCCGGCGUCAAGGUGGGCGGGCUCAAGACCAAGAAGAUCGGCAUCCAGGUGCACUGCGACGGCAUCAAGGUGGCCGCGCCCUCCCCGGCACCCGCGCCGGCGAAGAAGAAGGGGGUGAAGCUCACCGUCGCCAAGGCGCCGUCGAAGGCGCCAGCCGUAGCGGAGGCCCCGGAGCCGUCCGCGGCCGUCGCCGACGCAACGACCUCGCCCCCGGCGGCGACCACCGUCGCGCGCGUGUGCCAGGUCAGGAUCCGAGUCAAGAUCUGGAAGUGGACCUUCUAGUAACGACGCAAACUCAUAGGGGGGCACAUUGCGAAAGCGAAUCGAAGACACUUUUACUUUUCACCUGGGACGCGGCGGUGGGGCGUGCGUAGUAGAGAUCAACCGACGGUUGCUGUAAAAAAAAAUCUCAUUUGAAUUUUACGAAAUUUGGCGGGGGGAGGGGAGGAGUGAUGUGAGGUUUGAGAUACUAUUUGUUUAUUAUUUUUUCCUUAUUUUCUACGUUUCUUUUUUUUGUGUUGCCUUAUUUUUUUGCUAGUGCAAGUACAAUUUGGGGAUUGUUCUGCUUAACUUUGUACGACUGCGUGUCUAUCUGAAUGUGUAACUGUUUUUUUCUUCGGAGGGAAUUUGUAAUUGCUAGUCGCAUGUAUUACUAAUGUACUGUCAAACUAUACUCUUUCCUUUAUUGUGACAUGUUACCGCCCAA